AUGGGGACCCCCUAUAGGGCCGGGCCGCCCUGCAUGGAGCGCGUGUGGCUCUCCCUGAGCUCCCUGGCCGACCCCCGGAGCGUCUUCACCGUCUGCUUCCCGCUCGCCUUCUUCCUCGACCGCGCCGUGGGGGUGGCCGUGCUCUGGGCCGGGCUGCUCUCCGAGUGGCUCAACGUGGUCUCCAAAUGGUUCCUGUUCGGCGAGCGCCCGUUCUGGUGGGUGCACGAGUCAGGGCUCUUCRAGGAGCAGCCGCUCUCGCUGCGGCAGUUCCCAAUCUCCUGCGAAACGGGACCCGGCAGCCCCUCCGGCCACUGCAUGAUCACYGGGGCGGCCCUGUGGCCGCUGGCCAGCGCCCUGGCCACCCGCUGCUCCGGCAGCGCCGCGCUGCGCUGCAGCCCCUUCGCCGCCUACGCGCUGCUGCUGCUGGCCGUGGGGCUGUCGCGCGUCUUCGUCCUCGCGCACUUCCCGCACCAGGUGCUCGGGGGCAUCGUGGCAGGGGCGGCCCUGGGCCGGGCGCUGCAGGCGCGGGCGCCGGCCACGCGCUCGCUGCGCUUCUUCGCCGGCACCGCGCUGGCCCUGCUGCUGGGCGCCGCCGCGCUGCACCGCGCCAUGACCGCCGCCGGCGUCGACGUCGACUGGUCCAUCCGCCUGGCCACCAAGUGGUGCGCGGAGCCGUCCUGGCUGCGCCUCGACACGCGGCCCUUCACCUCCGUGUGCCGCGACGCCGGCAGCGCCCUGGGGCUGGGGCUGGCGGCGGCGGCGCCGGCGACACCGCGGCUGCCCCGGCGGCACCGCGGCGCCUGCGCGGUGGCAUCGCUGCUGGCGGUGCAGCUGCUGCACGCCGCGAUGCCGCAGCCGCAGCGCCUGCCGCUCUGGUACGGCGCCUGCUUCCUCAAGUACGCCGCGGGGCCCUGGCUCGUGGCCGCGCUCGUGCCCCGGCUCGUGCUCGGCCUCUUCCCGCCGCGCCGAGAGCCCCGCUCCGAGUAG